AGGAAUCCUCCAGGCCUUCAAGACUUACCUAUGUAGGAUGAAAUUUGUUGGAACCAACAAGUGUCCAAGCCCCCAAGCGCGUGAUAUCAACGACCAAUUAUCGACCAAUCGAUAACCGGCCCCGUUGCUUAUUAUUCCAGUGUUCUGAGUCACAGUAUGUAGCCAAUUGGAGAGUUGGAUAGGUAGUUUUAGGCAAGCAGAAGAAGCACGCUGCACUGCGAAUCUUCUGACCACGCAUGCUUUUCCGCCGACUGUGACACUCUCUAAGGCAAUCUCUCGCGCCUGCCCGCAACUAGGCAGCAAUAUGGCAACUAGCAACGCUAGACCGUCUCGUCCACGCGCUCAGCUUAAGACGCCCAAAGGCACCCGCGACUGGGUCGGCUGGGACCUGCUCCUACGUGACCAUAUCUUCCAGACCGUCACCGAUGUUUUCAAGCGCCACGGCGGCAUUCCUUUAGACACGCCCGCCUUCGAACUCAAGGAUGUGCUCGCAGAGAAAUAUGGCGAGGAUUCGCGUCUGAUCUACGACCUGGAGGACCAGGGCGGCGAGCUCUGCUCCUUGCGAUACGAUCUUACAGUCCCGUUCGCUCGCUGGCUGGCUAUGCGUACCGAUGUCCAACACAUCAAGCGCUACCAAAUCGCCAAGGUCUACCGGCGAGACCAACCUGCGAUAUCCCGUUGUAGACUGCGCGAGUUCUAUCAAUGCGAUUUCGACAUUGCCGGCGUCUACGACCCGAUGAUCCCGGAUGCCGAGAUCCUACGCAUCAUCGUUGAGGUCUUUAGGGGCCUUCAGCUGGAUAUCACCAUAAAACUCAACCACAGACGAAUCCUUGACGGCUCGUUCGCGGUUGCCGGCGUUCCCGAGGAAAAGAAUCGCCUCAUCAGCUCGGCAGUGGACAAGCUCGAUAAGGCAACAUGGAUCGACGUCAAGAAGGAGAUGGUCGAGGAGAAAGGUCUUUCGGGAGAGGUUGCGGACCGAAUCGGCGAAUACGUGAGGCGCAGCGGUGGCCUUCGCGAGAUGAUCAACCUUCUCCAGUCGGAUCCAAGACUUGACGCAAACGAAAGCGUGAAAGCAGGACUCGACGAUAUGGGCCUCUUGGUCUCUUACUUGGAGGUUCUGGACGUUGUCGACAAGGUUUCCUUUGACCUCUCGCUUGCUCGAGGUCUCGACUAUUACUCUGGGUUGAUAUACGAGGUUGUCCCUGCGAGCACAAAUUCGCUCGGUCAGAUCGGCAGUAUUGCCGCAGGCGGGCGCUACGACGGUCUAGUGGGUAUGUACGGCAAGCAUCCCAUUCCAUGUGUCGGCCUAUCCUUUGGGAUAGACCGUAUCUUCACCAUCUUAGACGCGCGACGGAAUAAGAGCUCGUCCGAGUUGACCCGCGAGGUCGAUGUCUACAUCGUGGCGGCUGGUGGCAAGGAGUACGAUGGACUCCUUCUCGACCGCAUGGCGGUGGCUCGCCAGCUCUGGGACGCCGGCAUCCGGGCCGAGUUCACCGCCAAGGUGAAGCCCAAGCUGCCUCCGCAGUUCAAUGCUUCAAAAGACGUACCCCUUGCUGUCAUACUUGGCCAGGACGAACUUGCGGCCGGUCAAGUUAGGUUGAAGAAUGCGCGGGCUGGCGACAAGGAGACGGAUCAGAAAGAUCGAGACCAACUUGUCUCCAGAGAAGAUCUUGUUGAGGAAGUGAAAAAGCUUUUCCCAGCCGUUGCGCGGGAACGAGAAUAGUUGUCUUGCAAUUUGUAGCCUUUAGGCCAGCAGUAGUGAGACAUAAAGUGCAGUGACCCGAUCUUCUCCACUUCGGGUUCAAUGCCUGAGUACUAGUACUCGUCAGGCGGCCGAUUUUUAAGGCCUGACGAGUAGGAGGUGGAUGGCGAUGGGCAACUAGCGGCCGUUGUCGUCCUCGCCUCCAAACAUGCGCGGGAAGGAAGGACCUGCGUCGUGUUCCCAUGGUAAAUUCCAGUGGGCUUAUUACCAAGAGUAUAAGUUAUCACGAGC